AUGCUGUCUCUGCUACAGCUUGCUUGUGCCUUGGUCUUGCCACCAAUCUUCAACCAAGCCGCCGCAAACCCCUUCCCCAGGCUAGCACAGCAAUAUGCGCCCGACUCGUUGGGUGCAGUGGCCAGUGAAAGUAGUAUCUGCAGCAGUAUUGGUAUCGACCUCCUUCGACAGGGUGGAAAUGCUGCAGAUGCGCUCGUCGGGACAGUCUUCUGCAUAGGCGUUAUUGGCUGCUAUCAUAGUGGCAUUGGUGGCGGUGGCUUUAUGCUCGUUCGUGGAUCGAACGGAAGCUAUGAGUUUAUCGAUUUUAGAGAAACGGCUCCGGCUGCUGCUUUUGAGGAAAUGUACAACAACAAUACUAAUGCCAGCAUAUUUGGAGGCUUAGCAAGCGGAGUGCCGGGAGAGGUACGGGGACUGGCGCAUUUACACAACAACUAUGGCAAGCUUUCAUGGGAAACGGUGAUGGCUGGAGCUAUCAAGACUGCAAGAUAUGGGUGGCCAGUAACCGAAGAUCUCGUGCGAUACAUGAAGUCGGCCAACGCAUCUGCUCUCGUCCCGAAUUUCUUAGUCGACGACCCCAAUUGGGCCAUUGACUUCGCACCCAACGGCACUCUCCUCGGACUCGGUGACACCAUUACUCGGAAAAGAUAUGCCAAUACCUUGGAGACCAUCGCGAACAGCGGCCCAGAUGCUUUCUACACCGGGCCGAUUGCAGAAGCGACCAUUGCUGCAUUACAAGCCCAAAACGGAACCAUGACGGUCGAAGACUUACAGAAUUACACUGUCGCAAUCAGACCUCCGGCGAACAUCACAUACCGAGGCUAUCGUAUGUUCAGCGGUAGUGCUCCAAGUUCAGGAGAGGUCGCGCUCUCCGUCAUGAAGACGUUGGAAGGAUACACCGACUUUUACGCCAAUGGGGUGCUCAAUCUCAGCACCCACAGGAUGGAUGAAGCCAUCAGGUUUGGGUAUGGUGAGAGGACAAACCUAGGUGAUCCAUCGUUUGUGAAGAACAUCUCAGCGUAUCAGGCAGAGAUGCUAGACCCAAGAACUGCCUCCGACAUUCGGAGCCGGAUUUCGGACUCGCAUACUCUCAAUAUCUCGGCUUAUGACCCUUCAGGCAUCGAAUCUCUCGAGACUCCAGGAACAUCCCAUGUAGUCGCCGCGGACGCCUCUGGACUGGCCAUCUCCUUGACCACCACUGUCAACUUGCUAUUUGGAUCAAAUCUCAUGGUACCCGAGACGGGAGUCAUCAUGAACAAUGAGAUGAACGACUUUUCCAUCCCCGGCUCGUCAAACGCAUUCGGUUAUGUGCCUAGUCCGAGUAAUUAUAUCCGUCCGGGAAAGAGACCCCUGUCCUCGAUAUCGCCGACCAUCGUCGAGUUCCCCAACGGGACCCUCUAUUAUGUUAUUGGAGCGGCAGGGGGUUCCAGAAUCAUCACCGCUACUAUCCAGAAUCUGAUCCACGUACUUGACCAGGACAUGACGGUGCCCGAGGCUCUCGCUCAGCCUCGACUUCAUGAUCAAUUGAUCCCGAACCAAGUCAUCUUCGAGUACGCAUACAAUAAUGAGACCGUUGACUUUAUGAGAGCGCGAGGGCACAAUUGCACCUGGGUCGCACCUGGCCUCUCUACCGCCCAAGGCCUCCGGCGGUUAGGCAACGGCACAUUUGAAGCUGCUGGAGAGCCACGCCAAAUCAAUAGCGGAGGAUACGCCAUAUGA